UAACAGUAAUCCUGCACACGCAGUGUUGUCAUACGAGCGCAUGUCAACACCCAGGGAUAUUUACUCAGCCCUUCAUGUGCAGUGAGAUGGAGGCGUUGCUGAAGAGAGAGCUGGGCACAUCUCUUCUGAAGAGCACUGGUCAUUCAGGAGGAGGAUGCAUCAGUGAAGGCCAGAGCUUUGACACUGACACUGGCAGAGUGUUCGUCAAGAUAAACCACAAGAAUGAGGCUAGAAGGAUGUUUGAUGGAGAAAUGGCGAGCUUGGAAGCGAUCCUGGCUACAAACACAGUGAAAGUGCCCAGGCCUGUGAAGGUCUUGGACCUUGAGAGAAGUGGAGCUCUUUUCAUAAUGGAACAUGUGGAUAUGAGGAGCUUAAAUAAAUACUCAUCAAAACUGGGGGAACAACUAGCUGACCUGCAUCUGCACAACAAAAUACAGAUAGAGAAACAAAACAAGGAACAGCAGACUGUUGGGAGAGGAUCAGGAACGUCUGAAGUUCAAAUAGUCAACCAAUUUGGAUUUCAUGUGGCUACCUGCUGUGGUUAUAUCCCUCAGGUAAACGACUGGCAGGAUGAUUGGGUGUCAUUUUAUGCCCAGCAAAGGCUGCAGCACCAGCUCAGCUUGAUGGAACAGUCGUAUGGAGACAGAGAGGCCAGGGAAUUGUGGGCCAAACUCCAACUGAAGAUCCCUCAGCUGUUUACAGACAUAGAGGUGGUUCCAGCUCUGGUGCAUGGAGAUCUCUGGGGAGGAAAUGUAGCUGAAUGUUCUGAUGGUCCCAUCAUCUUUGACCCAGCAUCGUUUUAUGGGCAUUCGGAGUUUGAGCUGGCUAUAGCCGGCAUGUUUGGUGGUUUUGGGAGCUCGUUUUACAAUGCUUACCAUGGGAAGAUCCCCAAGGCUGCUGGUUUUGCAAAGAGGCAACAGCUAUACCAGCUGUUCCACUAUCUGAACCACUGGAAUCAUUUCGGUGGUGGCUACCGGGGUUCUUCUCUACGGAUCAUGAGGGAUCUAACCAAGUAGAUGCACCCUGAUUCAUUCAAGUCUUAAUUCAUUAAGUCUUCAUUAAUGAAGGUGGAUGUUAAACUAACCCACAAAUAAGUUACAAACUUUGUGCAUGACCAACUGAAUUUAAUCCAACAUUACCAGUCUGAUGGAAAUCCGUUGGCAAGAUGAAAAAGUCUGUUGUCUUAAAGUAAUUUACACAUAAAAAAAAAUCUCAUAUAUUAUAUAUAUAUAUGUAUAUAUAUAAAAAGAUAAAACUGUGAAUUUAUGCUUCCAAACAAUGGCCAAAAAAAUAAGUUGAUUAAACUACAUAAUUCCUUUUUUUAUGAAUUGCACUUUAACUUGACAUGAAUAUGCUUUUGAAAAGAGCUUCAUUUACGAGACUCCUUGAUUUAAAAUGUGUGCACUAAGUAGCAUCAUAUGAUAACAAUAAGUUGCAUUUCACUAACUUUCAACUAACUACCUACUGAUGAUCUGACACAUCUGAGUAUGGUUUAUUGAAACAGCUAGUGAGCUUGUUGUACUGUAAACUUUCAGCUUGCAGGAGUCUCAUCGGAUACAUGCGAUGUAUGGACAUUCAAAUAAAACUUUAAAAAACA